AUGGUGAACCCGAGCCGCGUGAAGCCCCAGCUGGAGGCGGGCGCGCCCCGCAGAGCCGAGCCCGCGGCGGCCCGGGCCAGGCUGAGCGGGCCCGCCCCCGGCGCUGACGGCGGCCUCGCGGCCCCGGGCCUCCCCUCCCCGGGCGGCCUCCGGGAGCCGCGGGGGCUGGACAUCGAGAUGGAGCGACUGCGGCAGGCGGCGGCCCGAGACCCCCCGGCCGGAGCCUCGGCGUCGCCGUCGCCGCCCCUGUCGGCGUGCUCGCGGCAGGCGUGGAGCCGGGACAACCCGGGCUUCGAGCCGGAGGAGGACGAGGACGACGACGACGACGACGAGGUGGAAGGGGAGGAGGGCGGCAUGGUGGUGGAGAUGGACGUGGAGUGGCGGCCGGGCAGCCGCAGGUCCGCCGCCUCCUCCGGGGUGGCCUCCUCCGGCGCCGGCGGCCUGGGGCUGGGCGGCUUCCACGGCGGCAGCCUCCCGAGCGGUCGGCGCCGGAGGAGGGAGGCCCCGGGGCCCGUGUGCGCCGGCCCCGCGGGCCCCGGAGAGGCUCUGCACCGCCACCUCCCCCUGGACGGGCCGCAGCCGCCGCCGCCGCCGCCGCCCCGGGCGCCCGGGGCCCAGAGGCUGCUGCGGGCGCUGCGAGGUCUCUGGGGAACAAGACUGAUGGAAGAAAGCAAUACAAGCAGAGAGAAAUAUCUGAAAAGUGUUCUGCGAGAAUUGGUUACAUACUUCCUCUUUCUUGUGGUUUUAUGUAUCUUGACCUAUGGGAUGGUAAGUUCCAGCAUGUACUACUACACCAGGGUGAUGUCGCAGCUUUUCUUAGAAACACCUGUGUCUAAAAUGGAGAAAACCAAUUUCAAGACACUCUCCACAAUGGAAGACUUCUGGAAGUUCACGGAGGGCUCUUUGCUGGAUGGCCUGUACUGGGAGAUGUGGUACAACAACAGAACGGUAGCUGAAAACCGGAGUUUCAUUUACUAUGAGAAUCUGCUAUUGGGAGUGCCCCGAAUCCGUCAGCUGAAGGUCAGAAAUGGGUCUUGCUCUAUUCCCCCGGACUUGAGAGAGGAGAUUAAAGAGUGUUAUGAUGUCUAUUCUGUCAGCAAUGAAGAAAGGGCUCCGUUUGGUCUCCAGCAUGGAACAGCUUGGACAUACACAAAUGAAAAAGACUUAAAUGGGAGUAGUCACUGGGGACUGAUUGCAACAUACAGUGGGGCUGGCUAUUAUCUGGACCUGUCGAAAACCAGAGACGAAACUGCAGCACAGAUCGCUAGUCUGAAGAAAAACACCUGGUUAGACAGAGGGACAAGGGCAACUUUUAUUGACUUCUCAGUAUACAAUGCAAACAUUAAUCUCUUUUGUGUAGUCAGAUUAUUGGUUGAGUUCCCAGCCACUGGUGGAGUGAUUACAUCUUGGCAGUUUCAGCCCGUGAAGCUGAUCCACUACAUCUCAACAUUUGAUUUCUUCCUGGCCACCUGUGAGAUCACCUUUUGUUUCUUUAUCCUUUACUAUAUAGUGGAAGAGAUUUUGGAAAUUCGUAUUCACAAAUUGCACUAUUUCAGAAGUUUCUGGAAUUGUCUGGAUAUCAUGAUUAUUGCGCUGUCAAUAGUAGCUAUAGGAAUUGACAUCUACAGGAAAUCCAAUGUGGGAUUGCUGCUGAAAUACCUUGAGGAUCAAAAUACUUUCCCCAACUUGGAGCCUCUAGCAUACUGGCAGAUACAGUUCAAUAAUGUGACAGCUGUAAUGGUCUUCUUUGUUUGGAUUAAGCUUUUUAAAUUCAUCAACUUCAACAGAACCAUGAGCCAGCUGUCCACCACCAUGUCUCGCUGUGCUAAGGACCUUGUUGGCUUUGCAAUUAUGUUUUUGAUUAUUUUUCUUGCAUAUGCUCAGUUGGCCUACCUUGUCUUCGGCACCCAGGUUGAUGACUUCAGCACCUUCCAGGAGUGUAUCUUCACUCAGUUCCGUAUCAUUUUGGGAGACUUCAACUUCACAGAACUGGAGGAAGCUAAUCGAGUUUUGGGACCCAUUUACUUCACUACUUUUGUGUUCUUUACUUUCUUCAUUCUUUUGAAUAUGUUUUUGGCCAUCAUCAAUGACACAUACUCUGAAGUUAAAUCUGAUAUGGCUCAGCAGAAGACUGAAAUGGAACUGUCAGAUCUCAUCAGAAAGGGCUGUCAUAAAGCUAUGAUAAAACUGAAACUUAAAAAAAACACCGUGGAUGACAUUUCAGAGAGUCUGCAGCAAGGUGGAGGCAAGUUAAACUUUGAUGAACUUCGCCAAGAUCUGAAAGGGAAGGGGCACACAGAUGCAGAGAUUGAGGCAAUAUUCACAAAAUACGAUCAGGACGGUGACCAAGAGUUGACUGAACAUGAACACCAGCAGAUGAGAGAUGACUUAGAAAAAGAGAGGGAGGAUCUGGAUCUGGAUCAUAGCUCUCUGCCCCGACCCAUGAGCAUGCGCAGCUUCCCACGGAACCUGGAUGAUUCUGAAGAGGACGACGACGAGGACAGUGGGCACAGCUCUCGAAGGAGGGGGAGCAGCUCUAGUGGAGUUUCUUAUGAAGAGUUUCAAGUACUGGUGAGACGAGUAGACCGGAUGGAACACUCCAUUGGCAGCAUUGUCUCCAAAAUUGAUGCUGUCAUCGUGAAGCUGGAAAUCAUGGAGAGGGCCAAACUGAAAAGACGAGAAGUAUUAGGAAGGCUGCUGGAUGGAGUGACAGAGGAUGAAAGACUUGGUCGCGAUAAUGAAAUACACAGGGAGCAGAUGGAGCGCCUAGUCCGAGAAGAAUUGGAACGCUGGGAAUCGGAUGAUGCAGCUUCCCAAAUAAGUCAGCGCUUAGGCACUCCGGUGGGGCCAAAUGGCCAGCCACGUCCAAGGGGUUCCCGUCCUUCAUCGUCCCAGUCUACAGAAGGCAUAGAAGGUGGAGGAGGAAAUGGAGGCGCCAGUGUCCAUGGAUAGUCUGUGCCUUUCUAAUGAGAAGCCAACACAUCCUGAAUUGCAGUAGUGAAUAUACUAUUUAUAUCUCCUGACCAAGGUCUGAUGUUGGUGGUCCCUUUGACCAAUUGGUUUUUUUCCACUGCACUUUAAUUUAUUGUAUAUAGAUUUUCCCCAUACAUGAAGGAAGAUUUUUGUUUCUUUUUCUCUUUAUUGAGUACGUAAAUGACCGAAUCUCUUUUGAAAAAUUGUAUUGAAAAAUUCAGUAUUGAAAAAUACUGAAAGCAGUAUUGGGUUGCUGUUGUGAAUUUUACUAUGUCACAUCAUAACCUUUUAAGCCAGCAGCAAUAAUGCUUUUAAAGAAAAAAAAAAGAAUAGGAUUUUGUUUCCAAACCCAAAAUAAGUCAAUAUUAUGUCAUAUUUGCAGAAUAGUUGAGGGAACAUGGCAGUCCUAACUUCAGCUCAGCCUUAUCUGAACACUUCAUGUCACAUCAAGCUUAGUUCUUAGCUUUACUUUUAAUUUUUUUUUAAAAAGUGUUUGUUUCAACAGGGUGUCCAGUAUGAAAUGUACAUGAAGGAUGAGAGAGACAGGGCCUCUUAAGCCAAAGGGUGAAUAGUCCUGCUUGGAAUCUCUUUGCUUGAUUAGCACAUUUAUUUCACAUUUAUAAUCACUGUCCACUUCUGUAUUGUUUAUUAAGCCUGUAGAUAGAAGUAAAAACAUGGCAGAGCUGUCACAUGAACAUUGGUUUGAAUGGAUCCAUAGGGACAGAUAAAGUUAAAGAUUGAUCCCAGGGUGGCCUCUGUAACCCAAAGUCCUUGAAUAAGAUUGAAUUAAACUAAAUUUUGUUGUACACAUUGGUAAGAGAAAGAAAAAAGAUCUUUAUGCUUCUCAAAUUGAGAUAUAACCAAAUGGGGAAAUCAGGGCUGACUUACUAAAUGUAUGUACUAAAAGAUUCAAAUUGUAUAAGAAUUACUUGAUUAAAACGUUAAUAUUAGGAUACCAUAUAACCAGAAUGACCCAGCUUUCUGGAAAGGAAGUUUUGGUAUUGAAACUUAGACCAUCAUUGAAAGAUUGGUUUAUUUUGGAUUUGCAGCUGCCAAAUUUUGAAGCCUUACAUUCUGAAGUAGAGAUGGUAUAUUUGUCUGAAGAAAAAAAAAUUCUGAGAGGUGAAAAGUUCUAUAAUUACUCAAAGCUAACGGUGCAAUGGAUGAGUGCUGGGCCUGGCGUCAGGAAGACUCAUCUUCCUGAGUUCAGAUGUGAUCUUAGAUACUCACUAGCUUGUGACC